UCGUUAAGCUCUUCCACAUUGUGAGUUCGUGAUACUCCAAGGUUCAAACAACCACUUAAAUCACACAACACAAACACGUUAAUCUUAUCAACUUAUUGUUCAUUCAUUGUAUUUGUAAUUUGUACCCUUCUCCUCUCACCUACAAAAUCAUUUCGUUCUUUAUUCACAUUCAGAUAAGCCAAAGCAUCAUGAUCUCUUCAGUCAAGUACACAGCAUCAUCUCUCACCUGCACCGCUUCCUCAAGUGAUUGCAGAAAGCUUCCUGUUGCAAGGCCUCAACUUUUCACAUUACCCACCAUUCAAAAUGUUGAACAAAACAUGGGUCCUUCUCUGUUUUCUUCCCAGAAGCCUCUUUACCUUUCAUCCACUGAAAACUUUGCAUUGCUGACAAAACCCAGAAGGAGGAACGUGAUAGAGUGCAAGGCCUAUGAGGCAGAUAGGUCACGGCCACUAGAGAUUAACAUUGGUGAAGAGGAAGCUAAGAAGGUCAAGAUUGGGUUGUAUUUUGCUACAUGGUGGGCUUUGAAUGUGGUCUUCAACAUAUACAACAAGAAGGUUUUGAAUGCUUUUCCUUACCCGUGGCUUACUUCUACUUUGUCCCUCGCUGCUGGCUCUCUCAUUAUGUUAAUCUCGUGGGCCACAAGGGUUGCUGAUGUCCCUAAAGUUAAUUUGGACUUUUGGAAGGCACUGUUUCCUGUUGCGGUGGCACACACAAUUGGGCAUGUUGCUGCAACUGUGAGCAUGUCCAAAGUUGCAGUUUCAUUCACUCACAUCAUCAAGAGUGGAGAGCCUGCUUUCAGUGUCCUUGUAUCAAGGUUCUUGCUUGGAGAAGCAUUCCCUAUGCCGGUUUACCUGUCACUAGUGCCAAUUAUUGGUGGUUGUUCACUUGCUGCUGUGACCGAGCUCAAUUUCAAUAUGAUUGGAUUUAUGGGGGCUAUGAUAUCAAAUUUGGCAUUUGUCUUCCGGAAUAUAUUCUCAAAGAAAGGGAUGAAGGGAAUGUCUGUUAGCGGAAUGAACUACUAUGCUUGUCUUUCCAUAAUGUCUCUGUUAAUUCUCACACCUUUUGCCAUUGCUGUGGAAGGCCCCAAGGUGUGGGCUGCUGGCUGGCAAACAGCUGUGUCUCAGAUUGGUCCCAAUUUUGUAUGGUGGGUAGCUGCCCAGAGUGUGUUCUACCACUUGUAUAAUCAAGUCUCUUACAUGUCUCUUGAUCAGAUUUCUCCCUUAACAUUUAGCAUAGGGAACACAAUGAAGAGAAUUUCUGUAAUUGUCUCUUCCAUUCUUAUCUUCCGCACACCAGUUCAGCCCAUCAAUGCUCUUGGGGCUGCCAUUGCAAUUCUUGGCACCUUCCUAUAUUCACAGGCUAAACAGUAAGGUGGUAAUUUUGAAGGUGUAGGGAAAGAUGACUCAAGGGUGUAGCUCAAAGUGUGACUAUCGAGGACUAUGACGUUAAUUAGAGAGUACAUUGUGUUAUCAAUAGGAAUUCAAGCUGCUUUUCUUUGAGGCCAUAGUAAUAGCAUUAGUAAUCACUUUUUCAUGUGUAUAAAUGAGCUUUUGGGUUUCU